AUAUAAGAAAAGAAACGACAGAUUUUAAGCCAUACUUGUGUAGGGAUUCAACGAUAGUUCCCUUUAAAGCUGAAUAGGAAUUUCGAGUUAAAUGAACCUGGAAUGAACCUUUAAUUUCAUCCAAUCAAAACUCGUCUUGCUAUUCACACGACAGAAAAUCAUCAACAAACAGCAUCCUCGUUAUUUAAUACAUUUCGGACCUAGUACCCGCCCAGAGGGCUAUGGGAGGGUGUCUAGGAUCCCGGAGACACGGCGAUAACUCAUCAGGCGAGUCUUCUGAUGCUGCAGUUUCAAUUGGAAGAAAUCAACCGUUGAAACCUGAAAAACCCAAAUGGAAAAGUGACAUUCCACUGACAGAAACACAGCUUCGAAGUAAGCGAGAAGAGUUUUGGGACACAGCACCAGCGUUUGAAGGCAGAAAAGAAAUAUGGGAUGCUUUAAAAGCUGCUGCAUAUGCAUUAGAGACAGGGGACCAUGGUUUAGCUCAGGCAAUAAUAGAUGGUGCUAACAUAUCCUUACCACAUGGAACAUUGAUGGACAGUUAUGAUGAGUUGGGAAACAGAUACCAACUUCCUGUCUACACCUUAAGUGCUCCGACAAACUUACUAGAAGAGACAAGUGAAAGUGAUGCUGGGCUGGACUCAGAGAAUGCUUCACCAGGGCUGGAAAUCCCUCUCAAAUUCAGACUAUCAAAUCAUACUAAAGAUAUCAAACUCUAUGUGAGGACUUCUGAUACUGUGAUGAAACUUAAACUCCGAUUGUCGGAGGAAGAAGGUGUCCCACCAUCAAGACAAAGAUGGUUUUACUCUGGACGAUUGUUGUCUGAUAAAAUACGCAUUGAAGAUGCAAAAAUUCCAAAGAACAAUGUAAUUCAGGUGAUUGUUUCACCUGAGCCGACAGAAAGUUAAUGGAAAGGUUAUUUAAUUUUUAUCUUUUCUUUAAAUGUUGUUUCAUGAAGUAAUAUAUAAAAUUAUGUGUGUUGUGAGAAUGAACGAGUGCAAAGAGGUAUUGUAAUUAAAAAUACUCAGGUGGAAUUAGCUUUCUCCACUUGUCCACAGUUAGAGUGUUUUCAUUGUUUAAUCCUAAGUUUUGCAAGUACAAUUCUUUAAAAUGAACAUUUACUCAUUUUUAUUCAAUUAUAUUUACAUAGGAAGAAAUCAAAACUUGAAUACAUAGAUAGGAUGCAUGCACAGACUGUUUUAACUGUGGACAGGUGAAAAAAGCAAAAUAUACCUUCGCUAAAGUGUACUUUUAAGGUCACAAACUAUGUCUUCUCAUUCUUUUACAUGUAUUGUAUGUUCACACACAAAUUUUUUUUAAGCACCUAUUUUGUCUGAUAAAUCACAUGACCAAAAUAUCUUUAAACAAUUCAACUAAUACACAAUAUUGAAAAAAGCAGCAAGAAUGUAUUGUGUUUCAGAAGUAAACUUUUUGAAAUUUGUUAAAAAUAAUGAUAAAAAUGUCAGUGUGAUAGCUUAAGGAUACUUUGGAUGGUUGCAAUUUCAAGACAUCUUGCAAAACAAAAGAUAAAUCUGAUUGUAUGAUUUUUGCAUUGUUUAAUCAGAUUUUCACACAUUUGCAAAUUUUGAUGCUGUUUGAUGAUCAGGGUAAUAUACAUGUACAUGUAAAAUGAAUCACCGUUCUGGUAUUAGUAUUUUAUACGGGUGAUUUGGAAAUUUUGACCAUUGAGUUUUAUAUAUUAACAGAUUUAAAACUCCAAUGAAAUCUUAACCAAAAAUUUAAAGUCAUUACUGUUUAUUGCUUCUUCUGUGGAGAUUGAGUUCUGAAAAAGAUAGCAUUUAUAUUUUGCCUACUGCUUUUUAAAGAUUCUGAAUUAACGGGUUGUACUUGGGAAGUGAUGACAUUAUGGUACAUGUAGAGAACCAAAAUAUGGUGGUAAAUAUGAUGAUACAAAAGUUCUGUCAACCAGGUUGAUAGUUAUUUAUGAUUUAUCUUCACUGAAAUUGAAAUGUACAGCUCAUGUUUUGUCCUAAUUUUUUAGCUAAAAAUUUUCAGGGAAUGCAGGAUUAUCAGUAGUCUAUUUCUUUCUUCUUAGUUACCAAGGGAACAAUUAAGUUAAAAUGGGGAUAAUCCUUUGUAGUUUCCAGUUGGAACCUUUUAAAUUUGUAUGUUUGAUGUAUCAUGGCCAGUCAUGGGUACCAAAUUCUGUUCCAUGAAAACUUCCAUGGUGGCUUGGUAAUGGAACAAUAACAGCAUGUUCUGACAGGUUCAUUGCAUUAAUGUAUUUUGAAGUGUCUUGUCACUACAAUGGGAGCCGGGCAGCUGUGACAGCAAUCCAAUAAAAGUAGUGGAUAUCCACAAUGUGCCAUUUUCCAUUGCCACCAUAUGCUGUGAAAAAUCUAACAGCUACUAUGCUUUGUCUGUACAUAAAGUAUGCAAUCAAAAGUCUUAUGCAUCAUUAUAAAUAUUUCCUUUUUAAACAGCUUUCCUGAUUUAUUUCUUAAAUGACUAUUAACUUUUAAAAAUUGCAAUUUACAGAUGCAACUGUUUUAGUUUCAAAUUCUUUACUGUCUUUUUUAUACCCUGUACUAGCUUAAAUAGGCUUAGGGGUAUAUAGUGAUUUUUGUGUGUGUCUGUCUGUAUGCUUGACAAGUUGUCUGUUCAUUCAUUUAUGUUUUUCUAUCUGCACUUUAUCCACAACUAAGUGAUAAAUAGAUUUUCAUUUUCUGAUUACUUACUUAUCUUUGACUAAGUCUUUUCUAACACGUACUAAAGGUUUUAAUUGACUGUGUCUCUGGAAGUAUAAAAGCUACAAACAUCAUUUUUUUCAAUAUUCAGAUGUAGUUCAACAAGCUUAAGUUCUAAAUGCAUAGCAAAUUUCAUCAAAAUUCUAAAUAUUCCACAAUUGUGUAUAAUUUGCCUUAAGUUAUAUAUACAAGGUCAUACUAACUUGAUUUUUACUUAUUUUGAUUUUCCUGUAUAGUUUUUGACAAACAUUUUAAUGAGAAUUUUAAUAUUUGUAUUCAGUUCUAAUAUUUGACUUUUUAAAAUUAAUUGAAAUACUUUCUAUUCAAAUUUUGCUACUGUGCAUAGUGCCAAUGUUUUCUUAGUGUUUUUAAUGGUUGACUUUGUGGAGCUUCUUUUUUGUAUAUAUUCUGUAAAGUUUAAGACUUCUAUCAUGUUUUUUCUGAAUAAGAAAUUCAGUUUUGAAGUAAUGUUGUAAUUGAAUAAUUUUGAAAGAUCUUUUUGUCAACAAGAUUUGUUUUAUGGUGAUAUCAUGGAUAUUGUUUAUUUAUAAUAAAGUUUUACAAUUUGAAGGACAAAAAUAAUCAAAAUGCUUUUUGGAAGCAUUAUAAUUCACUUGUUUAAAUCACAGCUUUGUAAUUAUAACGAAGUCAUCAGGGAUUGCUGAUUAUACAAGGAGUCAGCUUGUCAAUUAUUUCUGAUGGACAAUCAAUAUUCUAUAGGCCCUGCCUAAUUCCUGCUAUAUAUGAGGGUCUGGAUAGGGUUUACAAAGUAGAGAAUAAUGGGUAAAAAAUGCAGAAUAAAGGGCAAAAAAUAUGAAGAAUAGAGAAAAAUAGGCAAAAAAAAUAAAAAAUGGAGAAUAAUGGGGUGCUGAAAUAUAAAGAAUAGAGAAUGAAAGUAAAAAUAAAUAAAGAAAAGAGAAAAAUAGUUUAAAAAGUUAAAGAGUAAAGAAAUGAAAGACCCCCAUCCAGACCAUAUAUAUCUUAGAUUUUAAACUUCUAUACAAAUGGCACAUCUCAAACUGGUUGUUUUUAUUGUCAAAAAUUCAACUAAAAAGCUAUUCUCAAUUGUGAUUAUUUGAUUUUUAUGGGGCAAAUUCAAAUAGGCCUCCAAUUGUUUAACCAUCUUUAAAUGAAAAUUGUUAUUUUAUUGAUGAUCAUGUUUUCAAACAAUCAAAUUAUAGAUUUUUGUAAAAGAUUUUAAAUUAUACAUAGUUUUGUCUGUUAUUUAUUAAGCUUGAUAACAGGCUUCGUUACAAAUGUAUAAAUGGAAAUUGUCUCAGAUAUAGCUAAAAUACCUAAAUGGAUUUGUGUGAAUGAUAGAAAUGUAUUUUGUACAUCUCAUUUAAGUUUCUCCACAUUGUUUGAGUUGCUGCACAGAACAUGUAUAAAGGUUGAAUUGUAUGUUUAGUGAUGCAGAAAUAGAUUUGUACAAAAAUAUGAAUAAUUUCAAAUUGUACAAGACCAAUUUUAGUGGGCUGUCAGUUGGUCUGAAUGUUUGGUUAAGUAAUACUUUGAGUUACAGCUGUAAAUGCCCAGGUAAACCAAGAGUGCAAGAAAGCUUACAUGACUUGGUGUUAGACAGAAUGUCACCUAUAAAGUAGAAGGUACAAUUUGCAUCAAAUGGAUCAGAUGUACUUUGAUCAGAUGCUAUUGUGUACAAUAAUUUCUUUUCAUGAGUUAUACAGUCAUAAAAUAAAGGUAAACAUGUAUACAGUAUUAACUGGGGGGCAAACAAAUGUAUUACCAUUAUGAUCUUCAACAGUCAGUAGGUUGUUAGUUUAAACAACUCAUUCAAUUGAACUUUUACUGGUAACAUUUUUAAAUUGCAUUUAAGAAGUCUGAAAGAAAUUAUUCAGUAUUAAUUUUGACCAUUGGUAUAAAUUUUAUUUUAGUUUCCAAAGAAAGAGAACCGGUCUUUGUUUUUGUCGAGCCUUCGACUUUUGUCGAAAAAGCGAGACAUAGCGAUCCUACAUUCCGUCGUCGUCGUAGUCGUCGGCGGCGUCCACAAAUAUUCACUCUGUGGUUAAAGUUUUUGAAAUUUUAAUAACUUUCUUAAACUAUCCCGGAUUUCUACCAAACUUGGACAGAAGCUUGUUUAUGAUCAUAAGAUAAUAUUCAAAAGUAAAUUUUGUAAAAAAAAAAUUCCAUUUUUUCUGUAUUUUACUUAUAAAUGGACUUAGUUUUUCUGCCAAGAAACAUUACAUUCACUCUGUGGUUAAAGUUUUUGAAAUUUUAAUAACUUUCUUAAACUAUCCUGGAUUUCUACCAAACUUGGAAAGAAGCUUGUUUAUGAUUAAAAGAUAGUAUCCAGAAGUAAAUUUUGUAAAAAAAAAAUUCCAUUUUUUCCGUAUUUUACUUAUAAAUGGACUUAGGUUUUCUGCCAGUUAACAUUACAUUCACUCUGUGGUUAAAGUUUUUAAAAUUUUAGCAACUUUCUUAAACUAUCCUGGAUUUGUACCAAACUUGGACAGAAGCUUGUUUAUGAUUAAAAGCUAGUAUCUAGAAGGAAAUUUUGUUAAAAUUUUGUUCAAUUUUUUCCGUAUUUUACUUAUAAAUGGACUUAGUUUUUCUUCCAGUUAACAUUACAUACAGUCUGCAGUUUAAGUUUUUAAAACAUUUAUUAGAUUCAUAAACUAUCCUGGAUUUGUACCAAACUUGGACAGAAGCUACUUACAAUCAAAAGAUGGUAUAGAAAGGAAUAUUUUUAUUAAUUUUUUUCCUCAUUUUUGUUGAGCCUGCGAUUAACAGCAAAAGUAGGCGAGACACUGGGUUCCGCGGAACCCUUACGAAUUUUUUAUUACAUAUUAUAGAUACUGUGUACACCAUCAAAUAAAAGUUGAUUUUAACAGUCAGUCAUACCAUUGUCAAUGAUACUGGUGAGUUUGAUCAAAUCUAAGACACACUUUAGAUACAGACUAGCGACUACAAAGGUUCUUCUUUUUGGGCUGUUAAGUAUAUGAUUGCCUUCUUUCAAGAACUAAAUAAUACUAUUCCUUUACUCUCUUUUUUUUUCUGACAAAAAAUUUGACAAAGAAAUUAGUUAUUUGAUGUUUAUGGCCUGAAUUUAUUUUGUUUGAUCAAAAUCUUUAAGUAAUGUUACAAAUGGUGUUACUUUUAAAAGUUUUAAAUAGCCUUUAUACUCAAAUAGAAAUUAACUACACAUUUUUAGAUAAUUGCAUGCUUCUUUGCACAGUCUUUAACAUGUUUAAGGGAACGACCAUUGUUAUUUUCUUGGAGGAUGAUGUUGAAAACAAAAAUCCUGGGCUGGUAAGAGCCAAAAAAUAAAUAACCUUGCAUAAGACAGAUUGAAAAUAAAUAUUCUGCAACUCAAAAUGCAGGAAACAGUUGUGAACAAAAUUGAAAAGAAAUUUUCACAUCAUGGAAAAAAAAAUAAGUGUGCGUAGCAACAUAUGAAAAUAAAGUCUAUCCGUAAAAAAUCCUCCUGCCCCAACCCUUAAAAUAUUAAAUGGUCGUCCCCUAUUAUUCAUAAGCUUCAGAAAUUGAAUCGACAGCCAACUCCACUUCAUGUAUUGUUGUGACUGCCCUAUCUCCUUCAGAGGUGGAGAUUAGAAUGAAUACAUUUAUUUCUGUUUUAAAUGUGCAAUAUUCAGUGGUUGGAGUAACAGUUGCAAUGCCAUUUAUUAAGCAGACAAAUGGAAAACAAAAUAUCAUUCAUUGUACUUAAUUUCAUUUAGAUUUUAUGUUAUGGGACUUUUAUUUUCCAUUAAUAUUUUAACUGUUGUCAAGGAACAUUUAUAUUGUAUUUUUGAGGAAAAUGUGUUUUUACAUAUAAAUACAACAAAUAACUGUGAUUGAGUGAGAUCAUUUACAUGUAAAAACAUAACUAAAAUUUCUUUUUUUUUAAAUAUAAUAAUCAGACAAAAUAUGGUAAAACCUGUAUUAACUUUUUUAAUGGUUAGCACUAGACUAUUCCAUUAUUCUGAAGUGAUGUGUGAGUGUAUUGUUAAAAUAAGGAAGUAAUUUAAUGUGAUAGACUUUUAUUUGGAUUUAAAAUUUUAAGAUUUAAGAGUUGCUGAGAAAGUAGAAAGAUGAUUGAGAUUAUUUAUUUAUAAUAUUUUCCUUGUAAAGUGAAUUUGAUUCAUCCAUAGUUUUUUUUUACACUAUUACAUUUUUAAAGAGAACAAAAAGCUAAUGUUACACUUUGUUUGAAAAUACAAUUAAAACUUUAUUUAAUAUCUGAUCAACAUACAUUUGGAACUUUAUUGUACUUUUGACUCUUGUUCUCAAGAUCAGAUUGAAGUGUUUCUAUUGUCCUUAAUAGAUGGACUUUAUACAAACAACAACAACCAAUCAAAUUAAUCCGUAAUUCUUCCUUGAAAUUGAGGUGAUAGAACACCAGUUUUAUAAUUACACACAAUAGAAACUUGCACAAGCUUACACAAAGAUGGGAAAGAUGCACGUUUUGGUCUAUAACGAGAUUAUUACUUUCAAUGGAUUUUUUAUGAGGUGUAAAUUAAACUUAUUUAUAACUUUGCCAUGCAAGACAGGUUUUCCCAGUUCUCUCUCAGAGAGAAGAUUUGUGUAAAAUUUUACUGUCUUGUAAUAAAAAAUCAUAUAUGAUAUUGUGAAAUUUGUUUGAUGAUCGUUGAUGGUAAUAAUUUUCUUUUGUCACAAUGGCAAAUUUGAAAUCAUUGAAACUUGUACUAUUAUUUUCAUGUUGAGAGUGAAUACGAUCAUGAGAAAGAGUCUGAUUAAAAGUUGUUUAUAA